CAACAACAAAGACGACGACGCCGCCCAGCCAGAAGACGUGAACAGGGCUCUGAGAGACAUAACACGCAUUAUUAUUCGCCAUGGACAACCUCGGAAAGAUCUCAGCGUUCGGAAAGAACAUCUCCGCUUCCUUUACACCUUGGGCUGCCCGGACGCAGCAAUAUGUCAAGGAGCAGGUGGGCAAUGUCGAGGACAAGACUCAACUCCCCCCGGACUACAUCGAGCUCGAGAAGCGGGUCGAUGCGCUGAAGAAGGUGCACACGACGAUGCUGCAGGUCACCUCACAAUACGCAAACGAAGCCUACGACUACCCAGCCAACAUCCGCGAAUCCUUCAACGACCUCGGCCGCACCGUCUCCGAGAAGGUCAACCUGCUCUCCAGCGCCACAUCGCCCGCCGAAGCCCAGGCUGCCCUAACUGCUCCGCCCUCAGCAAAGCCCCAGCCCAAGACGUUCAACCAUGCCAUCGCCCGCGCCGCCCUCAACUCGUCGCACAUGCUCACCUCGGAGCAGACCAGCUCCAGUGAGGACCCCCUUGCUACCGCCCUCGAGAAGUAUGCCAUUGCCAGCGAGAAGGUCGGCGAAGCCCGACUAGCCCAGGACGCCCAGAUCCAGAGCCGCUUCCUGGCCGGCUGGAGCACCACGCUCAACACCAACAUCCAGUUCGCUACACGUGCUCGCAAGGCAGUCGAGAACUCGCGGUUGAGCCUGGAUGCGACCAAGGCCAACGCAAAGGGUCCUGCUUUCACUCUGCCCGGUCAGGCUCCAAAGACAGCCAUGGACGACGACAUCAGUGAAGAGGCGAGAGCCAAGAUCGAGCAGGCCGAAGACGAGUUUGUUGGCCAGACUGAGGAGGCCGUCGGUGUCAUGAAGAACGUCCUCGACACCCCCGAGCCUCUCCGCAACCUCGCUGAACUCAUCGCCGCCCAGCUCGAGUACCACAAGAAGGCAUACGAGAUUCUGUCCGAGCUGGCACCCGUCGUCGAGCAGCUGCAGGUCGAACAGGAGGCCAGCUACCGCAGGGCUCGCGAGGAGUUGUAGAACGCCUCUGACGCACGCGGCCAAGCAAAAGGAAAGAUUGGAGACAAACACUAGCUCAAUUUUGGUCACGUCACAAUGUCGUCUACGGACGUUCUUGGUGGUUUGCUUCACAUUCGCACGGCAUCUAGUUUAUUAGCUCAGUCAAUUCCUUCUUUCUUCCGCCA